CCGCACCAGGACUGGUUUUCAUUUUUAUGUAAUCCCCUUUGCCUGUUUUUGCUUUUCUUGCCUGUACUUUCAGGGUCAAAUUUAAAAAACUCUUUGCUCAGAGAUUUUGCUCCAAGAAAGACUUAAUGAUGCUGUGACGACUGUUCCAAAUCUCCAGGGCUACAUUGAUCUUCCUCCAGCCUCCAGCAAAUGCUUUCACAAGUGCUUUUUUCCAGACCAGAGCAAGACCCAGAGGCUUACUGGAACCUGCAAGACUCCAGCGUGUGGCCUGGUGGCGCGGGGACGGCCAGGAGAGCGCAGAGAGGAGCCAGGAGUUCGGGAUGGCACGCUGCAGAGGCAGCUAGCGGCCAUGAGGGGGAGCGCGCGGGCUCCGGAGCCAUUACGCGUCGCAAAGGGUGGGACUCGUGGGCGCAGCGCAUGCGUUCGAAGGGAGGCGGAGGCGCAGGUCCGGGCGGAGAGCAAUACGGACGGUGGCCGAGAGGCACAAGGAGGUGGACGGUGGCCGACAAGAUCGGGCAUGGAGCAUCUGGAGCGCUGCGCAUGGUUCCUCCGGGGGACGCUAGUGCGGGCGGCCGUGCGGCGCUAUCUGCCCUGGGCGCUGGUGGCCUCCAUGCUGGCGGGCUCCCUCCUCAAGGAGUUGUCCCCGCUGCCCGAGAGCUACCUCAGCAACAAGCGCAACGUCUUCAACAUUCUAGAGACCUGAGUCCUGACAUGGUGUCCUCUCCGCUGUGUUUCCUCUCUUCACUUCCACUUUCCUCCUCUGUCAGGUAUUUUGUCAAAAUGGCCUGGGCCUGGACGUUCUGUCUCCUCCUGCCUUUCAUUGCCCUCACCAACUACCACCUGACCGGCAAGGCUGGUCUGGUCCUGCGGCGGCUGAGCACCCUGCUUGUGGGCACGGCCAUCUGGUACGUCUGCACCUCCAUCUUCUCCAGCGUCGAACACUACACGGGUACCUGCUACCAGUCCCCGGCCCUAGAGGGGGUCAGAAAGGAGCACCAGAGCAAGCAGCAGUGCCACCAGGAAGGGGGCUUUUGGCAUGGCUUUGACAUCUCAGGUCACUCCUUCCUGCUGACCUUCUGCGCCCUCAUGAUCGUGGAAGAGAUGUCUGUGAUGCAUGAGUUGAAGACGGACCGAAGCCACUGCCUCCACACCGCCAUCACCACCCUGGUGGUGGCCCUGGGCAUUCUGACUUUCAUCUGGGUGUUGAUGUUUCUGUGCACAGCUGUUUAUUUCCACAACUUGUCCCAGAAGGUGUUUGGCACCUUGUUUGGUUUGCUGGGCUGGUACGGGACAUAUGGGUAUUGGUAUCUGAAAGCCUUUUCCCCAGGACUUCCUCCCCAGAGCUGUAGUUUGAAUUUGAAGCAAGAUAGUUACAAGAAGUAAAAGAGUAACAAAGGGGGGUCAGAAGGACAAUGACGAAUCUGUGUUUUUAAAAUAUAUUUUGCUUAGUUAUUUGGCUAAAUUAUUGAUCCUACUUCAGAGGGAAAGUGUACCUGGCAGUUUUGGUGGGUGGCACUGAAGUCUGGGGAGUGAGUUUAGUCCUCAGACUAUUCUUGGCAACAUCACCAGUGUCGCAAGCACCACCAUUCCCAGUUAGGCACUUUUUGUCCCUGGCAAGGCUUGACCUUUGGAACACUCCUUUUGUCCCUAGGGUGGGGAGCUAAGGCUCAGCAAAAGGGCAGAAUCAGGAAAGCCUCUACGGUGUGGCUAAAGGAGAGGCCAGAGCCUUGGGGCUCCUUUGCUGCCUUCUCCCAGGUUCUAAUUGUCUUUAGAUUUUAAUGGCUCUUACUGCUGUUACUUAACAGUAUUUCUGGCCAGGCACAGUGGCUCACACCCUAAUCCCAGCACUUUGGGAGGCUGAGGCAAGCAGAUCACCUGAGAUCAGGAGUUGGAGACCAGCCUGGCCAACGUGGCGAAACCUCGUCUCUACUAAAAAUACAAAAAUUAGCUGGAUGUGGUGGCAGGCGCCUGUAAUCCCAGCUACUCAGGAGGCUGAGGCAGAGAAUUGCUUGAGCCUGGGAGGCGGAGGUUGCAGUGAGCCAGGAUUGCACCACUGUACUCCAGCCUGGGUGACAGAGCAAGACUCUAUCUCCAAAAACAAACAAAAAACCCAGUAUUUCCCACUUGUCAAUUUUGCAUGGGCAUCUGUUUCAGGCAGGGUUCUUUAUAAAACAUCCUGAUGCCUGAAGGACACUCUCUGGUUAUAGUAUUUGUUUCAUCCAUAAAACGUUUAAAUAUUGCAACUGGCUUGUGAUUAGCCACUGAAACAGGCCCUUUAACAUGCAGUGCCUCUCCGACCGAGUACUGGGUGAUUCAUAUGUAAUGGACUGAGAUCAUUUUCUGUCCAUGUUUUCUAUUACUAUAUGCUGGUUUUUUUUGAGCAAUAAGAUUACCUUUUUUUCUGUUCUAUUUUGAGUGAAUCCUUUACAGUUUUUGAAAAGAACUGUGGCAUUUAUUCUUUGUUGGUAAAACUCCUGAAAAUAACUCACAACUCCAGUGCUGCCCUCUGGCAUAUGUAGAUUGUUUUGAGGGUUGGCUGGUUGGUUUAGAACACUAAUUUACUUGUUAUAAACCAAACUCUGGGCUGAUAGUCAUAAAUUCCACCUCAUGGGGCUGUUUUCUCUGUAAAUAGUGAAAGCUGGGCCAGGUGUAGUGGCUCACACCUAUAAUCCCGGCACUUUGGGAGGCUGCUGUGUGUGGAUUACUGGAGCGCAGGAGUUUGAGACCUGCCUGAGCAACAUAGUGAGACCACCAUUUCUAUAAUAAAAAUAAAUAAAUACUAUAAUAAAACCAGAAAGCAGGCAUUUUAGUAACAGCCUCCUAAGUUUUAAGGUGAGUCAGGGUGACUUUGCAGAAUGCAUGCUUGCACUGAAACUCCCCUGACCACGUAUCAGUGGCACAGACUGAACAGUUUGCUAUAGGAUCACGUGCCGAGUAUCUCGAUCACUCUGCUGUGGCCCAGGGCAUCUGUACCUUUUGGACAAGAUUAUGAUAAUUCAGAUGUGAAGUAAAAUGCCUCCCUCAGAUACGGCAAAAAGCCAAUCUGUUUGCAAAAUCACCCUUAUUAAAAGGUGGCAUGACCGUGGCCCCUCCCUCCUGUUAAUUUGCAUCACCAACCAAACCAAAUCAUACCUGGGCCUGUUCAACUGGCCUUGAAAUCAGUUUACUGUUUCUUUCCCCUUCGUAGCACUUUUCACUUUCCAGCUUUGUCAUUCUGUGGCCUUUGCUGUGACAGUGCUGGGAAGGGUUAGAAAUCCUGUCGCCUUCAUCCACAAAAGCACAGUUUCAUGCCCUGUGAUAGGAUGUCUCCUGUUCUUUCUCAGACUAUCUCCUUAAGCCUUUCAAACCAAGCCCCUUGCUGUUGGGGUAAUCACCCUUCAAGCUGCCUUGCUGAUCUCUAGUCAAGCCUGAUAGUAGCAAUAACUGAGAAGCACUACACCUGACUGGCUUCAGUCAAGCUUAGGUGGUUGAGGGUGAUUCUUCGAUGUAAAAUUUUUUAUAUGAAGAUAUAUUUUAAAUAUUUCAUAUCGCAUCAAGUUGCAAGUUAACUUUAUUAAUCACAAUGCACAUGAUACGUUGCACCAAAAAGGGGCAGAAACACAGGCGAUGAGAUAUGGGAGGUGGCGCUAUGGUGCUUUGGAGGCAUUGGUACAAUGUGACCCUCUGUUGCUUACAUUCAUAAGCCAGUGGUGGGAGUGGACAUGGAGUGGGUGGCAGGGGCUUGUUGAAGGGAUUGAAAGCUCUCCUAGGCCAGGCAUGGUGGCUUACACCUGUAAUCCCAGCACUUUGGGAGGCCAAGGUGGGAGGAUCACUUGAGGCCUGGCCAGCCUGGCCAACAUGGUGAAACCCCCUCUCUACUAAAAAUACAAAAAUUAGCUGGGUGUGGUGGUGCACACCUGUAAUUCCAGCUACGUGGGAGGCCAAGGCAGAAGAAUCGCUUGAACCCGGGAGCACAAGUUUGCAGUGAGCCUAGAUCAUCAAGAUCAUGCCGCUAUAUUCCAGCCUGAGUGACAGAGUGAGACUCCAUCUCAAAAACAACAACAACAAAAAAAACAAAAAGGUCUUCUAAGUGUCAUGUUCAGCACCAAAAGGGAAUAGGCAAAGGCGACUCCAGGAGUUCAUUUGUGACAUUUAAAUCUCCAGAUAUUUAUUACAUGUGGGUCUGAUUUGGGCUCUGCACUAAAUUAACUCUGUGGCAAGUGUCAGUUGCAGAGCCUUCUGUAUCCAUGAGGCUUCCGCCACUUGUCCAUGCUGAGCACCCUUCCCUCUUCCUUGGGAGUAUGCCUUCUAUUCCUAUGUGCGACAGCACGACUGACAUGGAGAAAGGAUUUGGGCUCAAGCGGACGUGAGAUGUGGGUUCACAUCUUGGCAACACUCCUGUUGUGUGUUGGCUGUGUGAUCAUGGCAGACCUCAUUUUCAUCGCCUGUAAAGUGGAGAUGAUGAGGGGAAAUGGUGCCUGUACAGUGCUCAGCGUCUGCUUGGCAGGCGAUGGUCUUCCUGCCUCCUUUCUCUUGAGUAAGCCUUUAGAACUUUCCACCUCCUUUAGAGAAGGUGGAGAAAUGAAUAUAUUCUGGGUGCUAUUUGGAGUCUGGGUCUUUUGUUAAAAUUGUCCUGUAUUGUGUUGAAAAGUGUCCGUCACCCCCAGUUGCUCUACCAGAGGCUCUGGGAGCAUCUGUGAUCAUAGAAUACUGCCAUCCUUAUUUUGCCUAUGUUGAGAUCAGUUCACCGAUGCCUCAUUUUCCACGUGCAUCUGUCAUAGUCUGGGUACCAGAUUGUAUUUAGAGAAUGGCUCUUGCCACUGUUAUAUAUACACAGAUCAUGUGUGUAAACAAGCAAAUUAAAGUAAACUGGAGAUAAUGAAAUCCCA